CCUGCAUCUGGCCGUAACUUCGACCAUGGGUUACGCGACAUAUUAUGGCUAUGGCCUACCGACGUUUCUGAUUCUGGUCAUUGCACUCUACUUACUCUUUACUGGUUCGGGCGAGGCAUUCAACUUCGGGCGGUUCCUCGAAGAGACGAGCCCAUAUGCAUGGGCGGGUACUGGCAUUGGGCUUUGCAUUGGCCUUAGCGUGCUAGGUGCUGGAUGGGGAAUAUUCAUCACAGGCUCCUCGAUUCUCGGUGGAGGUGUCAGGGCGCCACGAAUUAGCACGAAGAAUUUGAUCAGCAUCAUCUUCUGCGAGGUCGUCGCCAUUUACGGCGUCAUCAUCGGGAUUGUCUACUCCUCCAGACUCACAUCAGUGCCUGAGACGCAGCUAUAUACCAGAGAGAACUACUUCACCGGCUUUGCUAUCUUCUGGGGAGGCCUUACCGUCGGGAUCUGCAACCUGCUUUGCGGCAUCUCCGUUGGCAUAACGGGGUCAACCGCCGCCCUCGCGGACGCGGCGGAUCCAAACCUGUUUGUGAAGAUUCUGGUCGUCGAAGUAUUCGGAAGUAUCUUAGGGUUGUUUGGUCUCAUUGUGGGAUUGCUCAUGGUCAGCCGUGCCGAAGAGUUCAAGGGGGCUAACUCUGCGUCAUUCGCUGUGGGGAACGCGACAUCGCACUUUGCCCGUCUCGCAGAACUGUGAAAACGAGUCCAUUUGGCAUGUACAUGCUUUAUAAUUGCAUGAAAUGCGCAAGCAUGGUUUCUCAUCAG